GUCAGGUGAAUGUGUGUGUGUCUCUAACAGGCCAUCAGAAGAAAAUUAUGCUUGCAGUGAAGAAGUUGUGUGAUAUUCAUAAGGCUCUUCUGCAGGCAGAAUCGGGGCAGGGCACACUGUGGCGCAAAACCCCCGCAGCCCUGGACUUGGUCACUAUUGAGCCACCUCCUGAGAGCCCCGACCUCCCCUCGCCCCACACGCCCAAGAUGAUGACUUUCCAGGACAGUGAGCUAAGUACUGAGUUACAGAGCGCCAUGUCCUCCCACUAUAGUGGCUGUCAGGAAGGGCUGGCCAUCAAGAACGCAGUAGGAAUGUCUUCCAGUCAGGAGAGCAUUGACACACGCUCUCGAGGCUCCGGACGCUCUCAGGAGCCCCCCAGCACACCGUCCUCCACUUCUGCUGCGACCCCUUAUAGCGGCUCCCGAGAGAGUUUAACCAGCCCAGACAGCAGUCCUGUUAAAGAGCGUAACAUUCCAGAAGGUCGUGACCAGGUCCCACGUCCUCAGCUACCACAGCAGCUGCCAUUCAGUGCGUCCACAGGCUUUAAAUACCCCACGGUGCCUGCCAAACCCAAACUGAGCUCUGCUCCUUCUCCACAAGGCUCUCCUGCUCACAAAACCCUUAAUUAUCCACGUUCACAAUAUAACAGUGCCACGCUUGACCGUCACUCUCCUAAUGUGACUAAGAAGCGCACACAGAGUCUGUCCCGGUAUGCUUUGUCGGAUGGUGAACCAGAUGAAGAGGAUGAUGAAGCAGCUCAUCUAGCCAGCAUGGCCAUGCCUUCGUAUGCCACUCUGAGCCGCAAGCCUACCCGUGGCCAGCUGGCACGGCUUCAGUCUGCCCCCGAGCAGUCCGUCAGCCGAAGCCACUCUUUUGUCAUUAAGGCUCGACGUAAAGGGCCUCCUCCACCACCACCUAAACGCCUUAGCUCCGUCAGCAGCAGCAGCAGCACUAGUGUUGAAACUGUCUCUGACACUCCAGCAUCACCUUCUGGAGGAGCUGAGAACGGCAGAUCCGGGACCGUAAAGAGUAUUGCAGCUGCAUUAGAAACAGUUCUACCUGUGCCUACGGUGGAGCUCCUUCCGAAAACCACUACAGCUGUUUCCAGUACCAACGAAGGGUCCAGACACAGACCUCUGAGUCAGAGUGAAUCCAGCCCAGUACCCUCCAAAGCAGAUACUGAUAGAGCGACAAAGUCUGACUCAGAAGAGGAGGAUGCAACAAAGGAUUCAGGCCUGGAGAGCUCAUCCUCGCCUCAGAACAGCUCUAAUGAGUGCAUCCCUUUUGCAGAGGAAGGCAACCUCACUAUCAAACAGAGGCCCAAAGUUGGCGGGCCUCUGAAGGCGGAGACCACUUCUGAGUUGCCAGAGAAAGCCAAACCAGCCAAAACCCCUGAAGUGCCAGAGUUCAACCUUAAAGAGUCAGACACAGUGAAGAGACGACAAAAGCCAAAAGAGAAAGAGCAGCCAAACCCAGCGUCCGACAGCAGUGCAGACGGCGCGUCAGUUUUAGAGACUCAGGGCACGGUGAAGCUCCGCAUCAGUGAAACAGAUAUGAGUCUGCCAUCUGUGGAGCUUCCAACCAAACCAGUGAAAGCACCUCCAACUCUUGCUCCCAAACCUCCCAGUCCCCUGAAUCCAACACGGCACGCCUCUAAACCAGAUCCUGCUCCUAUAACAGCUGUCGGCUCUAGCGUGACACUGAGUGUUGUACAGAGUGUCGCCUUUGCAGGACCUCAUUCUCCAAUCCCAAACUCCCCCUCGCCAGAGAACACGGUUCAGAGUGCGAUAUCAGGAAGCCUCCAGGCUCUGAUGGAAGGGGACCAAGGGUCAACAAUGAAACAUCAGAGGCUGGAGAAGGCCAGCUCAUCCCUGGAGGAAGCACUGAAGGCUGUGGAGAGAAAACUAACUCUGGAGAACAACAACGUGGGCGUUUCUCCCGUAGUGAAGUCUGCAGGGAACAUCCUGGAUGACAUCGGGAACAUGUUUGAUGACCUGGCUGAUCAGCUAGAUGCUAUGCUGGAUUAAAGAUUCUCAUGGAUGGAGCUGUUUAUUUUUUUGAUGACCCAGAAACAGGAGGGUAGAGAUCUACGUAUAGCAGCAUGGUUUCGUAUCAUUCAGAUGGAGAUCAGAGAUGAACUCUUUAACACAAAAGUGGGAACCUCCACUGAUCUUCAUUUAUAAGGACCACACAGAUAUUUAUGGACCAGUCUUCUGACUAAUGUCAGUCUAGAUGUCAUCUAUAUUUGUUUGUUUAUUGUAAUUCCAGCGGCUAAUCAAUCAGCAUAUAUAUUUGUUUUUCUUGUCCUGUCAUUGUCUUUUUGGGCUGAACUGUGGACUGAACUGUGACCCCAAUGAACUUUACAUGACGGACCCAGAUAAAAGAAAUGCACUUAGGAGAAUCAUUCCUAAAGCAAUAUAGAUUUCAAAACACUACACUGAUUCAAAACAUUUCUAGAAAGACUAAUGGGAUAGUUCACCCAAAAAGUGACAAUUCUGUCAUGAUUUACUCACCCUGCCUUGCUGUGAGACUUUUGAAUAAACUUUAUGCUGCUCUUUUCCAUACAGCAAUAAGUUAUAGUGACCUGCUGUCAAAACAAAAUAACACAUGAUGACAAUUUUCAU